CCUCAAAGCAAAUAAAAAGCUUCUUAAUUAGAAAAACAAAAAAUCUCAUCAAAUAACUUUUUUGAUAUGGAUUCAAGAAUUACAACUUUUGGAGCACUUCUUUUCUCUCUUAAUUUUCUCUUUUUCACUUUAGUUAGCUCUACUUAUACAUCUGACUACACUAGUCAGCCCACAUCAACAACACCGGAGGCAAAAGAAUAUACACCUGACUACACUAGCAAUCCAUCAUCGGCAACACCAGAGCAAAAAGACUAUACACCUAACUACCCAAACAAACCAUCAUCGACAACACCAGAGCCAAUAGACUAUACACCUGACUAUUCUAGCCAUCCAUCAUCUGGAACACCCAAGCCAACAGACUAUACACCUGCCUAUACUAACCAACCAUCAUCAACAACUCCAGAAUCAGUAAACUAUACACCUGAUUACACUAGUAAAGGGUCAUCAGCAACAUCAGAGCCGAUAAACUAUUCACCGGACUAUACUAGCAACCCAUCAUCAACACCGUCAGAGCCGAUGAACUACACACCUGACUACUCCAGCCACCCAUACACUGAACUCGCUAAAUGUCCAAAGGAUACCCUUAAAUUAGGUGUAUGUGUCAACUUAUUGAAAAGUUUGUUGGGUGUUACACUUGGUACCCCACCACAUACUCCUUGUUGCAGCCUUAUUGGUGAUCUUGUGGAUCUUGAAGCUGCUAUCUGCCUUUGUACUACCAUUAAAGCUAGUCUUUUGGGCGUUAACUUGACUCUUCCAAUUGAUCUUAGCUUAUUGCUCAACUAUUGUGGCAAACAGGUGCCAGAAGGAUUUCAAUGUACUUAAACUAAUGUCAUUCUGAGAGAUUUCUAUGUUUUACAGAGUGUAUUUACUAAGUGGUUUCUAUGUUCUUUAUAAUGUCUUUGUUGAUUAUGUUUUAAGUGUUUUUUUAGUUGUAAGCAUUCUUCUUUACAAGCAAUUUAAAAUUGCAAGCUUAAUUAUUUUCAAUUGAGUUGUAUUUUUUUCGAAUCAUAUAUUAAUUUUAAUUUUAAAUAA